UGUUUCGGGCGCGCUCGUUGUUGUUGUUUUCGUAAAUUUUCGGGAUUAGAAAGACCACAUCAAGUGUUAUACAACAAUGCGGAAUCGAUAAACUUUGGCUAAAAAUGCCUUGAAUUUCAUUUUAUACCAAGCUCAAUCACACGCGAGAGCAAAAGAACCAAGUAUUUAGCGAUGGCUGGAGCCGCAUUAAAACGUCUCAUGGCCGAAUACAAGCAAUUAACUCUAAAUCCACCUGAAGGCAUUAUCGCAGGUCCUGUAAACGAGGAGAAUUUUUUUGAGUGGGAAGCCUUGAUCAUGGGUCCUGAAGGCACACCUUUUGAGGAUGGAGUAUUCACAGCAAAAAUUGUCUUUCCAACUGAUUAUCCACUAAGUCCUCCAAAAAUGAAAUUUGUCUCAGACAUGUUCCACCCUAAUGUUUACCCCGAUGGCAGAGUGUGUAUUUCAAUCCUCCAUGCACCUGGCGAUGACCCAAUGGGUUAUGAGACGAGUGCAGAAAGAUGGAGUCCUGUUCAAUCUGUGGAGAAAAUUUUACUGUCAGUUGUUAGUAUGCUAGCAGAACCAAAUGAUGAAAGUGGAGCAAAUGUAGAUGCAUCAAAAAUGUGGCGUGAUAAUCGCGAGGAAUUCAAUAAGAUUGCACGAAGUCUUGUCAGGAAAAGCCUGAACUUGUAAUAAGUAUUCCAACAAAAAAUUGUAAAUAGCGUAUUUGAAAUUGAUAUUUUUGUUCAAACAAAUUGACGCAGCAAACAAACGGGCCGUUCUAUCGAGUACGAGUUUGGCUCCACCCCGGCCCAGCUUGCCUUUCUGUCGUUGGGCCUUGGGGUGCGCUUACGUUUAACGAAAAGCAGUUUUCCGGAGAUUUCAGAAUUCCACUAGACGAGUCUAGGUAUUCACAAUAUUUCAUCUUGGACUGCGAGGAGAGGGGGUCAAAACGAUGAGAGUAGAAAACAUUUAUGAAAACACGCUCAAAAAACCAUGCUUGCGACCACAUUACUAUUAGCCGUAGUGUGCCGGGAGCAAUUAUAGAAUACCUGGCCAACCCAACUAAGCCUUAACAGUGAAUGUCAUAUAGUCUUCUAGAUAUACAUGUACCUUGUUUUAUGUUACUUAAUCCGUGAUUUGGACUUCCAGAGAACAAGAAUAAACACUAUUUUUAAAGAACAGGGUAGUUCUAUACUCUAAAAUUAAUCAUCUAACAGGGGCCGGUUGUAUGAAAG